AAUAAAGUGUUUAGUUUUUAGACGUAUUCUCUGCUGAAUACACAAAAAAUUACAAAUGGUGAAUAAUUGAUUUGGGAUAUACCCAUAUAAACACUUUUGGGAUAAAAUAGCUGUGGAUAUAUAUAUAAACAAUGGCUUUGACUUUAGAUACCUCCUCUACCAUCCCAAAGGUAAUGUUCCAUAGAGAUAAUAGCGAGGAGAAGGAUGAUGAUGUAUUCGCGAGCUGGAAACAACGACGUGUGUCUCUAGCGAAGUCCUCUGAUGAUGGUUCAAAAGCCACGGCCCCUGUAAAAGAUGCAAAGGCCCAGGAAAAAACCACCAGGCGAAGAUCAACAUUUAAAGGGGUGGCCAAUUCCAUUAAUUCCUUCCUCUCAAUACGCAGAAUGAGCAAAUAUAGACUAAGUGUUAGCAACCCAGAGGAUUUCAAACCGAAAGUAAGAUACCAAAAUACCUACAAAAUGAAACCGGAUGAAGAUAAAACAGUGAACACUAAUAAGAUUGAGAUUAUGGUGAAGGUCAUAUUAAAUCAGUUCUUGGAGAAGGAGACAUAUUCGGCAUCCAACUGUAGCAAGCUUGCGUGUGAUCUCUCAAUUUUAAUAAAGAACAAAGUAAAAGAUCUUGGACUCCCACGCUAUAAGAUUAUCUGCAACGUCAUCAUCAGCCAAAAGGAUAGUCAGAGCAUGCAGACCGCCAGUAGAUGUCUGUGGGAUGCCACGACAGAUAACUUUAGCCAAGUGACCUACUGCAAUGCUUCGCUCUGUGCAGUGGUCACUGUGCACUGUGUGUAUUUUGAAUGAUAUAUCACUAAUGAAAUUCAUUGUUUUUAUUUUAAACUAAAGCAGUUGCAGAAUAUUCGAGUGAAAAGUUUGUUAAUUGCUUCUUGAAAGACAAUCUAAUUAAAAUUUAUUUAGAUCUUCCAUCCGCUCCCCGAUUUUUUAUACGUCGCGAGGACAUAUGUUCCUCCACAAAUAAAAUAUCGGGGAUCGAAUGGAAGAUCUAAUUUUAAUUAGAUUGCUUGAAAGAGGACUUAGUAUGAUGAAAUACACAAUAAUCAAUCAAUAAUUUGUGUGUUCAAGUUAAAUAUUUGUAAUAUGUUUCAAGAAAUGUAUAAGAUUAAACUUAAGAAAUGAAA